AAUAAGUUUGUGCCAAGUAGCGAAAGUUAAAAAUUGUCCCUCAUAAUGGAUUUUCACCGUAUCGCAUAUAAUGGAUUUUCAAAGCGUUUACUUUUAACGGUGUUUUGGAAAAAUACAUAAGGAUUACAGUGUUUAGUUGAGAAUAUUGAUAAAUAUAAAGAUUUCGUAGCUACUUGCUAAUUUCUUUCAGUUAAGUAAAGAUAUAAAUUCUAGGAGGUUAACGUUCGAUACAGGGAUGCCGACGGGACAACCUAGGGCGUGGUCCACCCAGUACGGGGAGGAUUUUACCAAGAAAGGCAUUUGGAAUUAUCAAAAGAAGAGAUCAAACUACCGUAAAACCUACAGACCGUUGGUACCACGUGCGACCGAGAUUGUGCUGCCACAAUACGCACAACCAUAUUCCGAACAAUGUCACGGCCUUGAUGAUCCCAUGUUAGAUGAUACAGUGUUGAAUACUGAAGACGAUGUUCACUUUCCAACCGUAAACUGUUUCCAGCCAGAUACAACAUACUUGCACGGUGUACACAAUAUUCAGGACGAUCAUGACGACGACGUAAAUCAAGUGAUGCCGAUUCCUGAUGCUGGACUGAUUCACAUGCCUGGAGAAGCAGACUUUGUAAUUCCCGAGGCACAGCCUAUACGCAGUAAAACACCCGAUCUUCACUGGAUCUGCUGGCCUGAGCCCAAAAGAAACAGAACACAAAAGAGACCAUACACGUCACAGGGCCUGUACACUGAUAGAAACAUCCAAUCAACGAAUAAUAAGAACGUUGGGCAACCAGUUAAAUUUGAUCCUAACAUCAAGAGUUGGACAAACGUUUCCGCUGCAAACGAUCGCAAAGCCGUCGACGCCAUGUUUACUACAAUGAAACGGAGCCAAUCUUUUUAUGAGCCAAUGUACAAACCGAUGACGUCAAUUUCUGUAAAUGAUCCACCACCAAAGGAUAGAUAUACUAAAUAUGGAGGCCAAGUUGUAGAUCCAAGAAGUCUGUACCAACAGAAUUACAAUCCGUACUACCAACCACAUGGUACAGGACCAAGGGAUGCGAUGCAUUUACAGGAGCUGUCACGUGAAAUGAACCAGAGUCAGUCACCAGCGUUUAACUACAACUACAGUUUCAACAAAUACCCACUGCACAUGCGCAAAAACAAGCGAACAGCGGCUACCACUGACGAUUAUGUGCACGAACGAAGCAUGUUUAUGACAACAACUCCAAACUGUGUAGGCCAUUUUAUCAUUCAUCCGGACUGGGUUUCGGAGCGUAGUUCUCUAAGAAGAUCUAAAUCAAUGCUUCAAUUGCACAGUUCAAACAGAUUUUAGACUAGGCGGGAUAACUCCUUAGAUUAUAUUAACAUAUAUUCACAUUCCAUCGUCGGUUACUCCCCUUUAUCGACUGACGCGUAAAAAAGGUCCCCAUUGAACCUAAAAACACUUGAAAGCUGCCAUUUUUUAUUUGAUGUAUCGCAGCAUUUGCUUAUCUUAUUAUCAUAUUUUGAUAAGGAUCGUUCAUAUCAUUUUGUAUUUACAUCUACAAUUGUACAACUUAUAAAAAACGACAAUCAAUCUAGGAUCAGCAUUAAAGUAUUGAAUAAUACAGUGCUUUGGACACACACUCCUUUCAGAGAAAGAUCUCUCUAAGAUUUUGGACAGUUUAAGAGAUCAAAUGUUAAAAAAUAAUUUAAAUGCAUGAAAAUAAUUUCAAUAUACUAGUAUGAAAGAGUUGUCCGCUUUUGAUACAGGUCUAUUUCAUUCAAUGCAUUUGGAGUUACCAUGCAUAUUGUAAACUCUGUGAGAAAAUUGCCUUUUCUACAAAUAUAAGUCAUAGAUCGCAGACGAUAAUUUCAUAAUAGAUUGGAAAACAGUAGCAAGAACAACAACAACAACAAAAUAAUCAUGAUUUCCUGAACAUAAAAAGGAUAUAAUUGUUAGCUGAUUCUUUAUUUUAUUUCAAGAUACACUGAACGUUGGUGAAAACUGUAAAGUUAUCAUAACAGACCUGUAAUACUUAGUGCAUUUUGUGUUGAUUGUUUUCCCAGAUCCGUAGAACUGUACAAAAUACCGUCAGUGAACGAAUUCCGUUAUCACGUGACAAAGAUAUUUUAUGUUCUGUGUGGUUGGGAAAAAAUAUGACAACAAAAAACAAAAAAUAACAACAGAUUAAUUUCUGGUAUGUGGUUUUGUUUACAGUUUUCACACGAAAGGUAUGAAUAUUAUCGGUAGAGAAAAUUAAGUAUAUGUUUUGUAACAAAAAAACUCGUGAGACUGUGUCAGUAAUGGCGGGAAAGAUCGGUUCUAAUAUACAAAUGUAACACCAAUAUUCUUUUUGUCUGUGUCUAUAUCACAGAAUUUCAUUAAAGGCCCAUUAUGCCCCAGAAAUGAUUCUAUUUUUUUAUCUUCCAAAAGCCUUUUUUGUAUUUUUGGUGUUUUUAGAGUUUCCAAAAAGUUACUCAUUAGCCAAUUAUCUGAACCAGCUUGUUUCUUGUCCGCCUUUAGUACAAGUAUAGUGAUUUAGUAUUUUGCAUGGAUAUCAAAAUAAUUCUUUGUUUAAGGUGAUAAGAAACUAACAUGCUCUAAAACCAUAAUUUAAAUAUUAUAAAACUCACACGUGUACUUUCUAAUGAAAGAAAAUUUAUCAGUUUCUAAGGCAUAAUGUACCUAAAAGAUAUUAUCAUGUAGGAAUUUGUUUGAUAACAAAUUCUUCAAAUCUAUACAUCUGACCGAAUCAGUAUUAUUUAUGAAUAAUCGGUUUGUGAUAUGAUUAUUUAUUUUAUUAGUUCUCUGUCCAUAUAUUAACCAAUUCUUUGUUCUUCUUCGUCUUUUAAUGUAAUUUAUUUAUUUUAUUAUUAGUCUUCAUAUUAAAGGAGUGUAUGAUUACUUUAUUUCAGAUUUAUAAACAUUUUUGUUAUGUUUGCAAUUUUACACAAACAAUAUGAUCUGCAAAUAAAAAGAAGUGCAGCGUCACGUAAAAAUGGCGUGACGUUAUUUUGAAAAGAAAAAGGCAAUAGAAUGCAUUUAUGUACUAAUUAAAUUUACAAUACUAUCUCCGUCAUCACAAUUUGCGCUUCUCAGUUGGUCCCCUUUUUAUUGUGUCGAGUCACAUCUAAAUCAUUCAUCUGCGUUAAUUAUUAUAGUCAAAAUCGAAAAAACACUCAUAUUUUAAAAUUUUUAUUUGCGUUGCCAAUUAGUAUGUAUUGUAUUUAUUUUUAGCACUUGUUUGAAAUAAAAUUGUUUUAAAUUUGUU